GACCUACAGGACCGAAUGGAAGUGACAGCAGUGGCGACACAAGGUCGUCACGGGAGCACAGAUUGGGUCAGUGCCUACAUGAUCCUUUACAGUGACGCAGGAUGUGUGUGGAAGCAAUACAUGUUGGAGGGCAGUGUUGGGAAGAUUGUGGGUAACGUGAAUCCAGACAGUGUUGUCCACCAUAAACUCAGCCAGUCUAUCAGAACCCGGUUCCUAAGGUUCAUUCCUCUUGAGUGGAGCUCCGGUGGCAGGGUGGGCCUCAGGGUUGCUGUGUAUGGCUGUGCAUAUAAAUCAUAUGUGGCCAACUUUGAUGGCAGAAGCUCUUUGCUGUACCGAUUCAACCAGAAGUCUAUGAGCACCGUGAAAGAUGUUAUAUCACUGCGCUUUAAGAGUCGACAGGCAGAGGGUGUUUUACUGCAUGGAGAAGGACAGAGAGGGGAUUAUAUCACACUGGAGCUCCAUCGUGGCAGGCUGGUCUUGCAUCUAAAUCUCGAUGACAGCAGGAUGAAGUCCAGCAGUGCUCGUAUGGUGGUCACUCUGGGAAGUCUCCUGGAUGAUCUGCACUGGCACUCUGCUCUGAUCGAACGCUUUAACAAGCAGGUCAAUUUCACUUUGGACAGACAUACUCAGCAUUUCAGGACCAAGGGUCAUGGAGACUCUCUAGAGGUUGACUAUGAGCUAAGCUUUGGUGGAAUCCCACUGCCUGGUAAGCCUGGAACCUUCAUUAGACGUAACUUCCAUGGCUGCAUGGAAAACCUCUACUACAAUGGAGUGAACGUCAUCGACCUGGCUAAAAGGCGCAAGCCUCAGAUAUACAGUGUGGGCAACGUGACCUUUUCCUGCUCAGAACCACAGCUGGUGGCCGCCACAUUUCAGAGCGCCAGCAGCAGCUUUCUGUCACUACCUGCACCUGCACCAGUCCUGGAGGGCCCGUCAGUGCGCCUGCAGUUUCGCACCUGGAACCCUGAUGGCCUGCUGCUGUCCAGUCCACUGAUCUCUGCUCAGGAGCCUCAAUACUUGAUAUUGCAGAUCAGCAGUGGCCGACUCCACUUAACACACCAGACGUCAACUCUGAAGAUGUCAGAUGUGUCAGCUGGCCAGAGGGUGAAUGAUGGUUUAUGGCAUUCUGUGAUUCUUAACACUAGAGGUUUACUGAUCAUCAUGACUUUAGACAAUGAGCCUGCAUCCACCAUCGAGCUGGACAAUUACUUGGAAUCAAAAGACAAACACUAUUUUGGAGGGUGUCCUGCAUUCCAGAACAACUCAAGCUGCUUGAAUCCCACAAUGGCCUUUCAAGGUUGUGUCCGGCUCAUCCUUGUUAACAACCAACCUGUGGACCUUAUGUUGGUCCAGCAAGGCCGUCUAGGCAGCUACAGUCAGCUACAGUUUGACUUCUGUGGCAUCCGUGACAGGUGUCUCUAUAAUUUAUGUGAGCAUGGUGGCCGGUGCUCCCAAACAUGGUCUUCUUUCUACUGUGAUUGCACUGGUACAGGAUACACUGGAGCUACAUGCCAUAACUCUGUCUAUGAAGUUUCAUGUGAACACUACAGGCUUACAGGCAGCACAUCUGGAUAUUUCUCUAUAGAUCCUGAUGGAAGUGGCCCACUGGAUCCUUUUCAAGUCUACUGCAAUAUUACGGAGAACAAAGUGUGGACUGUGGUCCAUCACAACAGCACAGAUGCUGUGAGAGUGCAAGGCUCUACUCUGCAGAAGCCACAUGUUGGACGGCUCAAUUAUAGUGCCUCAUCUGAACAGCUGAAAGCCUUGUUGUCUCUGUCAGAUCAUUGUGAACAAAGAAUUGCAUACCACUGCAGAAGGUCACGGCUGUUUAACCCCUGGGAUGGCACCGCUUUGUCCUGGUGGGUGGACCGCAGAGGAGAGAAGAGGACGUACUGGGGGGGAUUCCAGCCAGAGGUGCAGCAGUGCUCCUGCGGUCUGGAAGAGAACUGUGCUGACAUUAACUACUUUUGCAACUGUGAUGCAGACAGAGUGUCAUGGGAUAAUGACACCGGUGUCCUCUCUUAUAAGGAACACUUGCCGGUACAGGAGAUAUCCGUUGGUGAUACUUAUAGACUGGGCUCUGAAGCCGUGUACAUCGUGGGACCCCUGCUGUGUUCUGGUGACAAGUCCUUGUGGAAUGCUGCUUCUUUUUAUCAAGAGGCUUCUUGUCUGCACUUCCCUGCCCUCCAGGCAGAGCUCUCCCUUGAUGUCUCCUUCUACUUCAAGACUGCCUCCCCCUCUGGGGUCUUUCUGGAGAACAUGGGCAUGCAAGACUUUAUCAGAGUUGAGCUAAGCUCUCCCUCAGCGGUAAUAUUUUCCUUUGAUGUGGGCGAUGGGCCAGUAGUCCUGACAGUGAAAUCUCCUGUGCCACUGAAUGACAGACAGUGGCAUUGGGUUAGAGCUGAACGCAGUGUUAAAGAGUCGUCCUUGCAAGUUGACCAGUUGCCCCUGCGGAUCAUAGAAACUCCACCUGAUGGACACCUUCGCCUUCAGCUUGGCAGCCAUCUGUUUGUUGGUGGAACAGACACAAAGCAGAGAGGUUUUCUUGGCUGUAUAAGGGCAUUUACCAUGAACGGAUUGAAUUUUAACCUGGAGGAACGGGCCAAAGUGACACCAGGAGUGAGUUCAGGCUGUGCAGGUCACUGUAGCAGCUCGGCUGGUCUCUGCUACAAUCGGGGGAAAUGUAUUGAGAAAAGCAGUGGUUACGUGUGUGACUGCACAAACUCUGCCUAUGGAGGACACGCUUGCACAGAAGAGGUGUCCAUGUCCUUUGAAAGAGGUGCAUCUGUUACCUACACCUUUCAGGAGCCAUUCUCCGUCAUGCAGAACAGGACGGCCACAGUAAUGUCUGUCCCCUCUAAGUUUAUCAAGUCCAGAGACAACAUGGCACUCAGUUUCCAAACCACCCAGAGCCCUGCCAUGCUGCUCACAAUCAACACACUCAGCCAGCAGUAUGUGGCAGUCAUCUUAGCACGGAACGGGAGUUUACAGAUCUGGUACCGACUGCAUAAGGAGAAAAGACCGGAUGUGUUUAGCCCCAUUUUGAGUGGUCUGUCAGAUGGACAGCUGCAUAGAGUUCAUAUCCAGCGGGAGGGAAAGGACGUGUUUGUUCAGGUUGACCAUGAAAAUAAGAAGUACACCCUAUCAUAUGAUGCAGCAUUUUAUUCUAUGAAGUCACUGUCCUUGGGAAAAGUGACAGGAAGUGAUGUAAUGGAUGAUGAGGUAGCUCAUGCUGGAUACAAAGGUUUCAUUGGCUGCUUCUCAUCUGUCCAGUUUAACCAUGUUGCUCCACUUAAGGCAGCAUUAUUGAACCGAGGUAGCUCAUUGGUCAGCAUACAAGGACGUUUAGUGGAGUCGAAUUGUGCAGCAUUAGCUGACCUUUCAACUUCUGUAUCUCGCUUCGAUCAAGGAGAGGAGGAGGGAAAAGAUAACAAGCAUCGUGAAGAUGACAGCCAGCCUGAUUCAGCUGUAAUCGGAGGUGUGGUUACAGUUGUAGUCUUCAGUACCCUCUGUGUGCUGGCAGUGAUGUCCCAUUUCCUGUACAAGCAUCGACAAGCUCAAAGAACUGCAAGUCUCCAAGAAAAGGAGCACCAACAAAGACUUAAAGCUGCUUACAGGGCAGAGUUUCACCUUCACAACUCUAUGAGAGACGCCAUGCAGGAGUACUACAUCUGA